AUGAAAUUUCACUUCAAUGGCGGACUCGAUUGCCCAGAAUGGGUUCUUUCACAAAUUUCGCGAAUUUCAAAAAUUAGUUUAAACGAAUUUAAGGAAUUAUGCUCAAAAAUUGUAGAAAUUUUUGAAAAUAAAACUGACAAAUGGGAGGAAAUGAAAUUUUCGUUUAAUGAUAAUUCUGCUAAUGGUAAAAAUGAAAAAAAUAAAUUUUAA